AUGUCCGACUCCGAAGAAGACUUCAUGUCCGACAAAUUUCUCCUCAACCUCCCCCCUCCCCCUUCCUCCUCAUCCACUUCCAACACAUACACAGCACGAAGAGAGAAAGCGGCGUUAACAGGGAACCGCUCCGGUCUAGCAAAGAAUCAGCUGAAAGCGCGGGAUUUGGAAGAAGUUCGGCGGAGGGAAGGGAUGGGGAGGAGUUUGUUCGAGAGGGAGGAUGAGGAUGAGGCCGAGGGGGGUGAAAGCGAAAGCCAAGGUGGGAAGAAGGGGAAUAAGGCGAUGGAGAUGAUGAUGAAGAUGGGCUGGAAAGUCGGUGAAGGACUCGGCAAGAAACGAUCCCCCUCCCCGACUCCUCCUUCUCAUGCAUCAUCAGCAAGAGCAGGCUUAGGCGCGAAGCGAUUCAAACCCGGCGACGAACUCGAAGACACCCCUCCACCUAAACUCCAACCCAUCACAGAGCCCAUCCGAGUCUCUCUCUGGGCCCGCCGCAAAGGUCUCUCAGCUCGAGAACCCAGUCCACCGCCAUUACCCCUCAACCCAUCCGGGCGGAACCCCGAUGCUCUGGGGAAAGAGCAGAUGGAAAGGUUGGCUAAGGAAGCGGAUGGGUUUAGGGCUCGGCAGGGGCAUGAGUGGGGUGAGAGGGAUAAAGAGAGGAAAGGGAGGAAAUGUAGGGAUCUGCUUGUGGGGUAUGAUAAGGAGAAGGGGUUUCAUGCGUUACAUGUCUUGCCGUUCGACCCGCUGGGAACGAUGCCUCGCCCAAUCCUCAAACUCAUCUACCCGGCGGCUCUCUCCCCUUCCCCUUCCCCUUCCGCAUCCCGCUCUGGCUCUCCACUGCCGAAUAGAGUGGCCCAUGGAAAAGAAGAAAACAAGUCUCAAGCCGAACGGCUGAGGAAACAGAUGCGCCGGGAUAUGCUGAGCGAUAUUGAUGGAGCUGAAGUGGGAGAUGAUGAGGAGAAGGAUGUUAGAUUUGGGGUGGGGCCUGAUACUGCUCCGAAGAGGGAGCAAGUGGAAGAUGAGGAGAAGAAGAAAGGGGAGCAAGUGGAGGAGAAGGAGGAUUAUGAAGGGGUGGAUUGGGAAGAGCAUGUCGCGGGGACCAAGCGAGUAUUGUCAAUGGAGCCCGGCGAAUACUUGACCUUCAUAGUCAACCAGCUCCGGCACGAGCACCUCUUCUGCUUUUGGUGUGCCUACAAGUACAGCUCUUGGGAUGAACUCGAAGGCCCCGGAGGAUGCCCAGGUGAAGAAGAAGACGAUCAUUAG